CCGCAGCCUAGGUUUACUAGACAGGGCCUGUCAGACUUGAUUCUUCAUCGGUUUAUGGUUUACUGAGCCCGGGGGGUUCUGUUUUCGGUCAGAAUUGAACGUGGAUUCAAGUCCUUUGAGCUGAGAUCUCGGUGUUAUUGCUCGACAGCUACAGUCCCGACCUCCGGGGAUCCUUAGCCAUGGCUCAUAUGGUCGAACUAGCUGGGGAAUCUAACCCUUUGACACCGCAAAAUGUCCUCAAUUCCUUGAUUCAAGCCGCCAGCUCCUCCCAGCAGCAGGUUCAAACGGGGACCAAACAGCUUCAGCACUGGGAGAAGCAGGAAAAAUACUAUACCUUCCUUCAGGAUAUAUUUCUAGAUCACUCUGUUCCACUGGAAGCCCGAUAUCUCUCGAUUAUCCAGUUGAAGAAUGGCAUCGACAAGUAUUGGCGAAAAACAGCCCCAAAUGCGAUUAAGAAGGAUGAGAAGGACCAGAUAAAAGUUAGGGCUUUACAGGCGGGUGUCAUCGAACCGGCCCCUCUACUCGCCCUUCAAAAUGCCCUCAUGGUGGCCAAAAUCAUGCGGCAUGAAUUUCCUCAGGACUGGCCUGAUGGGAUCUCCUUGAUUAUAUCGUUUCUCCGCUCUUCCACCCAACCCGGCGCAAACCCUUUGCAAUUGCCACGGACCCUUACCAUUCUAUUACAAAUAAUUAAGGAGUUGUCAACAGCCCGACUACAAAGAAAUCGUACCACCCUUCAAUCUGUCUCCCCAGAGAUCUUCCAUAUUCUCGGAGUUAUAUACGUGGAGAGAGUGAAUAAAUGGGCUGCUAUAUUGGAACAAGGGAGCGGGGAUGAGACGGGUAUGCUGGAAGCGGUUGAGCAGAGUCUCGUUGCACUUAAAGUGAUCAGGCGCCUUGUUGUCGCUGGCUUCGAACAUCCAAAUAGGGAUAAGGAUGUCCAACAAUUCUGGCUAUUAACACAUUGUCAUUUUAGUCAAUUCCUGUCGCUCAUUAAUGCUUCUGCUGUGGUGCCCGAGCAAGUGCCGAGGUUCAUAGAAAAACAUCUCCUGCAGCUCGCAAAGCUUCAUGUCGAAAUGGCCAAGGACCGGGCUGCAUCUUUUGCGUUGCUUCCGGACAGCAUACCACUUGUUCAAUCCUACUGGACAUUAGUAGUGAAACUGGGUGAAAACUACAGCCAGCUUGGAGCAGAUGGCGAGUCGGAAGGCAAAACCUUUAUGGAAAAAGCUGGACUCAAGGCACUCCUUUUGAUUAGAGCGUGCUCGAAGAUGGCUUACCAUCCGGCUCAGACCUUCAGAUAUCAAACUGCUCAAGACAAAGAGGAGAAGAAGCAAUCCAUUGAGCUGAUCAAGUCACAGCUUUUCACUCAUGAGUUUGUGGUGCACGUCAUGGAGCUUCUCGUCACCCAAUUCUUCCGUCUCAGGAAAAAUGACUUUCAAGAGUGGGAGGCAGACCCUGAGGAGUGGGAGCGCAAGGAGGAGGAUAUCGCUGAAGCCUGGGAGUUUUCGAUCCGGUCUUGCUCCGAGAAGCUCUUCCUAGACCUCGUCAUCCAUUUCAAGGAUCUACUAAUCCCACGCCUUCUCAAUGUCUUCUAUUCAUUCGCAAGCCCUGACAAUCGGGAUGUGUUGUUGAAGGAUUCCCUAUACUCUGCUAUUGGGUUGUCUGCAGCCACCUUGGAGCAGCACUUAGACUUCGACGAUUUCCUCCAGAGGACUCUCGUUCCCGAAGUUCAGAUCCAGGAGCCCGGGUAUAACCUAAUUCGAAGGAGGGUCUCUAUUCUUCUGGGCCAAUGGGUACCAAUCAAGUCCGGCGAAUUGAACCAGGAUGCUAUCUACCAAAUCUUCCAGCACUUGCUGAACAAGCAAGACCAACUGAAUGAUCUAGUAGUCCGAGUUACCGCAGGAAGACAGCUCAGACAGGUGUUUGACUCUUUUGAGUUUUCAGCGGCAGGAUUCAUGCCCUAUGCCCCAUCUAUCCUCCAGAGUCUUGUGGCUCUCGUUCAAGAAGUUGAGCUCUCAGAGACUAAAAUGGGGCUCCUGGAUACUGUCCGUAUGGCAGUAGUAAGACUGGAAGAUCAUGUCAGUGUUCCCCAAACAAAAACCUGCGUAAAUUCGUAUUCUAACCACCUCAAGAUCGCACCAUUUUCGGACCAAAUUCUAUCCUUGCUACCGCCACUGUGGGAGAACUCCGGCGAGGAGCAUUUAAUGAAACAAGCUAUCCUCACUUUACUUUCGUCGCUAAUAUACUCGCUUAAGCAUGAGUCAACAAAAUACCACUCUCUUAUUCUGCCUCUGAUCCAAAAUUCAGUCGAGCCCGGCUCCGAAACCCUGCUCUAUCUCCUAGACGAGGCCCUGGAGCUCUGGAGCUCCAUCCUCAUGCAAACGCCCGCCCCCGCAUCCCAGGAAAUCCUCUCUCUCAUCCCGUCCCUAUAUCCCAUCUUCGAAGCCGCAAUCGACAGCGUCCCACAGGCGCUCCAAAUCGCCGAGUCCUACAUCCUCCUCGCCCCCCAGGAAAUUCUCAGUGACCGCGUCCGCUUCCCCCUCCUUGUCUCGUUUGAGACCCUCCUCAAAGCCACCACCCGCCAACGCCUUGGUAUCGUGCCGCGUCUCGUCGAGCUCAUGAUCCGUGGCGCCAACACUGUCGACAACGGCAGCGAAACCACCUACAGCGUCAUUAUCCGCUCCCUCCUCGACAGCUCCUUCCUCCCAGCUCUCCUCGAGGGCCUCCACUCCGCCCACGAGGCCAGCCAAACCACCGGCCCUAACAAAAAGCAGACGAAUGUCUACGGCGUCGUCGAAACAGAUUACUUCUCCGUCCUCGCCCGUCUCGCCCUCGCAUAUCCCCGGCUUUUUGUCGCCGCCCUGGCCACGGCAACAAACACAUCCCCCGACACCCCACAGGACGUCCUCUCCUGGCUCCUCUCGGAAUGGUUCCUCCACUACGAUAACAUCGGCAGCGCCACGCAGAAGAAACUCCACGCUCUCGCUCUCACCCAGCUUCUCACUCUCAACGGCCCCAACUCCCAACCCCCACCUUACAUUCUCAACCACCUCCAGUCCUACCUGAACAUCUGGACCGACAUCGUUACCGAACUCGCAGACGGCGUGGCGGAGGGCGCCGACCCCAAUGACCCCCAUGGUGGUGACUACUUAAUCUACUGGAACAAUGCGGGCACGGGUAAAUUCGACGAGAACGAGCCGCCUGAGAACACCCGAAAACGCGAAUGGGAGCGCUCCGAUAUCCUGCACAAGAUUAAUAUGCGCGACUUUAUUCGCGAGCGGCUGCAGUCGUUAAUUGUGGGUUGUGGAGGGGAGCAGCAGUUCCAGGACGAGUGGCUGCUCAAUGUGGAUCGCGAGGUUGUCGCUGCGUUUGGGGCCUUGGGAUUGAUUUGACCAUGAUUGAUUUUCUUCUCCUUUAUUCUCUCUCUCUCUCUCUCUCUCUCUCUCUCUCUCUCUCUCUCUCUCUCUCUCUCUCUCU